CUCCUAAUGCUACAUGGAACCCAUAUAAAUGUCGGGUUCUAUGACUGCUGCACUAAUGAAAGUCAAUUUCUCUUCGAAUAUGGCUGAAAUUUUGGUGAUUCUAGAUUUCGACAAGACAAUAAUCGAUGUUGAUAGCGAUUAUUGGGUCGUUGAAGAAUUCGGUCUUAUAGAUUUGUUCAAUCAAUUACUCCCCACAAUGCCAUUGAACUCCGUAAUGACAAGAAUUACGAAAGAACUUCACUCGCGAGGGAUAACAAUUCAUCAGAUUGUCGAAGUGCUAAACCGUAUUCCUAUCCAUCCAUGUAUCGUUCAUGCUCUUAAAUCCGCGCAUGCUUCUGGUUGCGAGUUGAGGAUCAUUAGCAACUCAAACACAUUCUUUAUCGAUACAAUAUUGAAACAUGUCGGUUUGAGGGAUUGUUUCUAUGCGAUUAACACAAACCCUGGAUUUGUUGAUGAACAAGGGAGAUUAAAUAUCCUCCCAUUCCAUGACCAUGGUUGCUGCGCUCUCUGCCCUGCGAAUAUGUGUAAGGGCCGUAUUGUUGAAAGAAUCCAAGCUUCGGAAGACAAUAACAAGAAGAGAAUCGUAUAUCUCGGGGAUGGAGAUGGUGAUUAUUGCCCUAGCUUGAAGCUUACUAGGGAUGAUUUUCUGAUGCCUAGGAAGAAAUUUCCUGUGUGGGAAUUAAUCUGUCGGAAUUCUGUGAAGAUCAAUGCAGAAAUUCAUGAAUGGAUCGACGGCGAGGAGUUUGAACGUGUUCUGCUUGAGAUUAUUGGUGCAGUUUCAGUGCAAGGGUCUCAGUUUUUGUCAUCAGAUGAUUGCAGGUUGCUGACUUCGACAGUCGCUGCCCAUGAACCCUUACCUAAUUCUCUUUCUGUUACUUGAUAAUUUGAUAUAUAUUUCAGGCUAAAUCUAUCUUUCGAUCCCUAUACUUUCAAAAAUUUAUUAAUUUGGUCCUUUUUUGAAACUGUCUUUGUU